ACGUGUAACACUAAGUAACACUAACAGUAUUUUCUCUAAUAUUUUAGUCAGCACGAUUUGCUGGACAAAAUCAUAAGCUAUUGGAUGGAGAUGAUUGUGUCACCAGUUCAAAUGGAUAUAUGUUACCAUUAGCAUGGAGGCAACAUCCCGCGACCAUUCCCAACCAGUGAAUGGCUAAAUUCUACCAUCCCAGCCUGAUCCAUCUCGCUGUCGACGAACAAGCACCGCAGCUUCAACUCCAGGCCAUGCCGUCUGCUCUCCGCUGCCGACGAUCUUGCAUCAGCAGUCAGUGCCUGCUCAAGCUAGGCCUGGUUGUCCUGGUGGUCUUUGCCUGCCACCUGCUGCUGCAGGGAAUCCAGAAUGGGGCUGUGGAGACGAGCGACACUUGGUGGGUUCACACCGACGACCUGCUAAUGGGUCAGAGGGCCCAUCGGGUAUUUCAAAAGGGUGGACGUUUCCAAAAGUGCGAGGUGCCUCGUCUGGACCCCUCAGAUCCCCCUGAUGACAACGUCCACUGCCGACGGAUAAAGCCCCUGCCCAACUCUUGCCAGCUUGCCCACGAUCUGUUCUCCUCCGAGCCGCCUGAUAAGUGUGAAGGGGAAGGCCCAUUCAACAUUUGCCAAAUUACGACCAGAGACAAACACCACCACGAGGUGCACUGUGAUUCCAAAGUCUGCGAGGCAGGGUUUUCCCUGGGCACCAUCGAUCCCGACCUCGGAAUCCUCAAAUGGAAGGAGUACGGUCAAUCCUUGGAUCUUGAAAACCAAAUCAAGUCGUUAAUCAGCAUUCAUCCUCAAAAUCACCACGACUUCUGUUUCAUCCGGUGUCUCCCGAGGAAAGAGGAGAUUGAAGAUAACACGGAUGAACAGAGAGCGGGAACAGGAUCAAUGGAAGAGCAAAUCUAUGGAGAUUAUGUCAACCAACACUAUGAGUUUGACCUUCAGGACUCGCUGCCGAAGCAGCUACUCAUUCUACCGAGGCAUUUCCUAAAACCCAAGGUUAAAACUCGUGACAAGAAGUCAAAGAUUAGUUUCAACUUGUACUUACUUGAUUCGGUCUCGCACAGCCACUUUUUCCGUUCGUUGCCCAAGAGUGUUCACAAACUGCGUCGGAUUAGGAAAUCUGGAAAUGCGUCUGUGUUCAACUUCAAUCUUAUGCAGUCCUUGAAGGGACGCACUUACGAGAAUCUACAGGCUCUGUUUGCUGGAGAGCUGUACAAUCCUAACAAUCCUUUCGGGGUUCAGGAUAUGCCGCCGAAAGCCGUGCAAAUGGGGACCUUGCUGAGGAGUAUGAAGCAAGCCGGCUAUCGGACCAUGUGGACCGAGGAUCUUUGCUGGACCUGGGAAUGGGGUAUCGCCAAGAACAUGGUGGUCCACUCUCCAAGCGAGAACCAGGAUGUCCGCUGGAAGAAACUGAAAGACGUCCUCCAGCAAGCUGGAAUAGAUGGGCUGAGCUUUUCCCUCGCCAGCUGCGAGAUCUUAAAAGCCAACGGCAUCCGGGAUACAUUCCACGGGCCCUCUGUCGUUUGCUACAACCAAAAGCAUCACCAUCAUUACACGUUUGAGUUCCUAAAGAAGGAGCAGGCGCAACUCAACGCGGCACAGCAGCCGUUCUUUCACUUCACCAUCGCCAACGUGGCUCACGAGGACUCCGGAAGGCGGGUUCAGACACUGGACGAUGACCUUGCAGACUACUUUGAAUUCCUUUCCACCCAAGACAACAUGGUGACUGUUCUCUUAGCAGACCACGGGAACGCCUACGGAGCCUUCAUGGGGAAAACCAUCGAGGCCAGAAUCGAGAUGUUCCACCCGGUCUUCAUCAUCCUCAUGUCUGAAAAUGUCGCCAAGCAACUCGGACCGGCUAAACUCAAAGCCCUGUCGCUCAACCAAGACCGCUUGGUGAGCAUCUUAGACUUACACUACAUGCUCCAAUCACUAUCUCCAGGUGGUCCUGUCACCAUCGCUCCCGAACUUGCAGCGUAUGACUUAUCACCAGACGGACUCUUAGCACCUGUGUUGCCCAACAGGACCUGCGACUCGAUUCCACGAAUCGAUCCCAACAUCUGCAUAUGUGACAAUUACGAGAAAGCCGUAGCCAAUGACAGUAGCCGGGCUGAGAUAGCCCAAGCCAUUGUGCAUGAGAUCAAUGAGGUUAUACUACAAAAUGCCAAUGCCGGUACCAACAGGAAGGGGUAUGGCGCUUGCAAAGAGCUGGAGUUGAAGUGGUUUGGGAACGUCAAAGAAAGUUAUCCAAAGACCGAUGAAACAAUCCUGAAGAUGGACCUUCAUUUUGAGUCGGGAAGGAACUCUGGCAACGCGGAGGAAGUCAUGUUCGUAGUCCUCCAGAUCAAAAAGACCGAGUCCUCGUUGCACAUCCAGCUGCUCAGCUUUGAGCGCAUGACGAGUUACUCACAAUUUGAGAAGUGCAAGGAUGCGGAGGUGCCAACCAAACUCUGCGUAUGUGAUCUGCCAACGUGAUUGAGUCUUUCAUCUUGCCAUAACAAAAGUAUCCUCAGGAAGAGUCACCAAAAAAGAAAUUGUUCCCUGAACUUUAAAGCCAUAUUGGAUCAUUUGCGUUUCAGGAAUUUUAUUUUUUCCCAAUAAGAAAACACCACUCUAACUCCAAAGAAGAACGUUCAAAACCUAACAUGUUGAGGUUUCAGUUCUGCGGAUAGUUUACGUUUUGAGAAAACAGUGAAAAACGAUGUACAACCUUUUGAUCACAAAACAUGAUGUCGUUGUCAAAAGCAUUCUCUAUCCCCCCCCCCAAAAAAAAACCGGCAGUUGACUGGUCCUUGGAAAUCACCUACUUUUCUUGAUUCCUUCAUAGGUUGUUGAGAACCAGUGCAAUCUUUCAUCCAAGUUAGUAUUUUGAUAAUGAUUUGGAAGGUUACUUUUGGGAUAUAUGCAAAUGUUCCAAUAUGCCUUUAAAGCUCCAUGUGAUCGUUGCAAUACUGGGUCCUACAGAGGCCUAUAAUUUUGGUUUAUUAUGCUCGGUGUGGGGAGUGUGGCCUAGUGGUAAGGGUUUGUGACUCAUGAUCAGAAGGUUGGGCGUUUAAUCCAGCUACUGGCCGUGUGUUGCGUCAUUGGGAAAGCCCCUUCACCCCACUUGCCUCUCUCCACCCAGGAGUAUAAAUGGGUAAUGGUGUCACAUGAAAAUCCGACUCCUGUGAA